AUGUCUACACUGUCCUUGGUGUUUUCUUUAGAGAAAUGUGAUGAAGCGCUGUCCACGCCCCUUUCCCAUAGUGCCUUCAGCAGCUCGUCAGUGUUCACCACAGGCUAUGCCCCGGAAUACGCCAAACUGAACAGGAGAGGAGGUGCUGGAGGCUGGUCUCCUCUCGACACUGAUCAUUACCCGUGGCUGCAGGUGGACCUGGGCAGCAGGAAGCAGGUGACUGCUGUCGCCACUCAGGGUCGAUACAGUAGCUCAGACUGGACUACACGCUACCGACUGCUCUACAGCGACACGGGCAGGAACUGGAAACCCUACCAUCAGGACGGAAACAUCUGGGCAUUCACAGGAAACUCGAACACGGAGAGUGUGGUGCGUUACGACCUUCAGCACGUCAUCGUGGCCCGAUUUCUACGCUUCAUCCCACUGGACUGGAGCGAAGAAGGUCGGAUAGGCCUGAGGAUAGAGAUCUAUGGCUGCUUGUACUGGGCCGACGUGAUUAACUUUGAUGGGCAGGGUGUGAUCUCCUACCGUUUCAAGAUGAAGAAGAUGAAGAUCCUGAAGGAUGUGAUAGCGCUGAAGUUUAAGACGGGUGAGAGUGAUGGAGUGAUCCUGCAUGGCGAGGGUCAGCAGGGUGAUUACAUCACGCUGGAGCUCAGGAGAGGAAGACUGCUUCUCCAGAUAAACCUGGGCAGCAACCAUUACGGCUCCAUCCUGGGUCACACGUCGGUGAGCAGCGGCAGCCUACUGGACGAUCAUCACUGGCACUCGGUGGUGAUCGAGCGCCACAGGAGAAACGUCAACUUCACCCUGGACCAGCACACGCAGCACUUUCGCACCAACGGAGAGUUUGACCACCUCGACCUCGAUUAUGAGCUUAGUUUUGGAGGGAUGCCAUACUCAGGCAAACUCAUCUCAGGAGGCAGGAGAAAUUUCAAAGGCUGCAUGGAGAGCAUCAACUAUAACGGAGAAAACAUCACCGACCUGGCCAGAAGAAAGAAAGUGGACACGUCCAGCUUUCGUAAUUUGACAUUCUCCUGUGUGGAAUCUCACACCUUCCCGGUUUCCUUCAACGCCACGAGUUUCCUACAGCUGCCAGGUCGAACGGAGCACAGCAUGGUGUCUGUGAGCUUCCAGUUUCGCACGUGGAACCCUAACGGCCUGCUCCUGUUCAGCGCGCUGGCUGACGGCAUGCUGGAGCUCACGCUGAAAGACGGCAAAGUCACGGCGCACAUCAUUAUCACGCAGCAGAAAAACUCACGCGUAGACACGGUGUCAGGUUCAGGGCUGAAUGAUGGAGAAUGGCAUGAAGUUCGCUUCAUGGCCAAAGAAAACUUUGCCAUGCUGACCAUCGAUGGAGAUGAAUCCUCCGCUGUGAGGACCAACACACCCGUUCAGAUCACAACUGGAGGAACGUACCACUUUGGAGGUUAUUUCCUGCAGACCCAGGCGUCUCCAUCACAGCGCUCGUUUCAGGGCUGUAUGCAGCUCAUCCGGGUGGACGAUCAGCUAGCCGACCUGGCAGCUAUGGAGCAGGGCAUGCUGGGAGCCUUUGAGAAUGUCACCUUGGACACGUGUGCCAUCAUAGACAGAUGCUUGCCUAAUCACUGUGAGCAUGGAGGAAGGUGCACUCAGACCUGGGACAGUUUCAGCUGCUUUUGUGACGGUACUGGAUACACCGGAGCCACCUGUCACACAUCUGUCUACGAGCAGUCGUGUGAGGCUUAUAAGCACAUGGGGAAAUCUUCGGACGUCUACUGGAUCGAUCCUGAUGGUAGCGGACCUUUAGGACCGUUCAGAGUCAUUUGCAAAAUGACAGAGGACAAGGUGUGGACGACUGUGGGGAACAGCCUGCCGGCUCAGACAGCCGUAUUGGGUUCAAGCAGGGAGAGACGCACCGUGCUGCAGCUGAACUACAGCGCCACCAUGGAGCAGAUCAGUGCCAUUACAGACACUGCCGAGCACUGCGAGCAGCACAUCACCUACACCUGCCGCUCAUCACGCCUACUCAACACUCCAGACGGAACUCCAUACACAUGGUGGGUUGGCAGAGGGAAUGAGAAACACAUCUACUGGGGCGGCUCUGCACCGGGCGUCCAGAAAUGUUCCUGUGGCAUCGAGCACAACUGCAUCGACCCCAAACACUACUGCAACUGUGACGCAGAUCAGAAACAGUGGAGAGAGGAUUCAGGGCUUCUGGUCUAUAAGGAUCACUUGCCCGUGAGCGAGGUAGCUGUAGGUGACACAAAUCGACCUGGAUCAGAGGCCAAGCUCACGGUGGGACCUCUGCACUGUUACGGAGACCGUAGUUACUGGAACGCCGCUUCCUUCAACACACCGUCCUCCUACCUGCACUUCUCCACUUUCCAUGCUGAAACCAGUGCUGAUAUCUCCUUUUAUUUCAAGACCUCUGCACCUCAUGGGGUUUUCCUGGAGAACCUGGGCAACACGGACUUCAUCCGGCUGGAGCUGAAAUCGCCCAACCUCGUUACGUUCUCCUUCGAUGUGGGGAACGGGCCGGUAGAGCUGAACGUUCAGUCACCAACACCGCUAAACGACGACCAGUGGCAUCGAGUCAGCGCCGAGAGAAACGUCAAAGAGGCCGUGCUUCAGCUGGAUCAGCAAUACAGACAGGUUCGAGCUGCACCUGUACAGGGACACACACGCCUAGAGCUCUACAGCCAGCUCUAUGUGGGUGCGGCAGGAGGACAGAGAGGCUUCCUCGGAUGCAUCCGCUCCCUGAAGAUGAACGGCGUGACCCUAGACCUGGAAGAAAGAGCAAAGGUCACUCCCGGAGUUAAACCCGGAUGUUCGGGUCACUGCACCAGUUUUGGGAUGUACUGCCGCAACGGAGGGAAGUGUGUGGAGAAAUACAACGGCUACUCAUGCGACUGCAGCGACACGGCUUAUGACGGACCCUUCUGCACUAAAGACAUAGGAGCGUUCUUCGAGGCAGGAACGCUGGUCCGUUAUAACCUGGUCUCAGAAGCGUCCAGCAUGGACGGGAAGGAUUUGAGCCAAUCACUGUCCACAGACGUGAACCUGACCCAAGAGGUUGUGGCUUUCAGCUUCAGCACAUCCAGCACUCCCAGCAUCCUCCUCUACAUCAGCUCGAGGAGCCAUGACUACAUGGCUGUAGUGUUGCGACGAAAUGGAUCUUUACAGCUGCGUUAUAACCUCGGAGGUCUUCCCGAGCCCUUUGCCGUCGAUCUGGACCAGCGCAAUUUGGCCAACGGACAGCCACACAGUGUCAACAUCACAAGAAUAGAACGAGAACUCCAUGUCCAGCUGGACCACUAUCCUUUGGUCAGCUACACCCUGCCUGAAACCUCAGACACUCAGUUCAACCUGGUCAAAACCCUCUUCCUAGGAAAAGUCUUCGAAACCGGUCCCAUCGACCCAGUGCUGAUAGAGAAGUAUAACACUCCUGGCUUCGUAGGCUGUCUGUCCCGAGUGCAGUUUAACAGCGUUGCUCCUCUGAAGGCGGCUCUUCGUUUGCGGCUUCCUGUUUCCGUCUCGCACCAGGGCAAACUGGUCGAGUCCAACUGUGGAGCGUCACCCCUAACCAUCUCACCGAUGUCCACUAACACUGACCCCUGGCACCUGAAUGCAGGUGCUGAUUUCCCAUUCAAUGAGGAGCGAGUCGUACCAGAUGGGGUAAACAGGAAUUCAGCAGUAAUAGGAGGCAUCAUUGCUGUGGUGAUCUUUAUCAUCCUGUGCACGCUGGUGUUCCUGAUUCGGUACAUGUUCCGCCACAAGGGAACGUACCACACCAAUGAGUCCAAAGGAGAUGAACGAUUUGAAUCAGCCGAUACAGCCAUCAUCAGCGCGGAGCCCAAUUUCACAGAGACCAUCGAAGAAAACAAGAAGGAGUGGUUCAUCUGAACAUAUCUGUUGAAGGACAACAGUACAGACUGUUGGAGACUCUCAUUGAGGAUUGAGAACACGUGAAACCUCUUCAUUUGCAACUCUUUUUAUUUCUUCUUCUUCUUCUUUCUUUUACUUGCUCCCUUCCUUUCUCUGUGUGUUUCUUUGUUCUUCUUUCUCUGUCCAUCUCUAUCUGCCAAUGGAUCAUCAAGGCAGUUUCAGUGAGUGCGUUGAGGGUUCGAGUUCUCUUCAUUUCUGGCCGCUCCUGAAGCUGUGUGGUCAUAGAGCUGAUGGAUGUGAAUGAGAACUAGGACUACAGUGACUUGGUGGACUCAGGCCUGGCUUUCUGUUGCUCCUGCGCUCAAAAGGAGAAUAUGAAGACCAAGUCAAGAAGAGAUGACACAGUGAAAGAAUCUCCUCUAAAAGUCUCCAUAGCUCAUUUUGGACUCCAGCAGUUCUGCUGGCAAGGAGGCCAUGUCAUAGGUCAGGGAUUUAGCAUCCAAGACCUCACACUUAUCGCUGGUGCCUGAGUCCUUUGUAGAUCUGGAACCUUCAAGAUCACGCUAAUCUAUGGGACAAUCUAGAAACACAGAUUAUCUGAGAGGUAUCUAUAUUGGCUAGAUGAUGAACUUCACAGUAACAUCAUCAUGGUGUAACCCUGACUGGUUUGAGUAUGUUGUCCCAGCACUUAUCCCAGAGUGCUGUUUCAUUAAAAAAAAUGCUGUGCAUUUGUUAAACGAGAUAUCUUUACAAUAUGGUUCUUUUGUGUUCUUUUGUAAUCAGCAUGUAAAAUGCUAUAAUGGUACAGGUAUGCAAUGGUAUGAUGAUGAUGUAAUCUAUGUCUAUAAUUAUUGUAUUGGUCCAGACUGUAAUUUGUAGACAAAUCUUGCUGUUCAUUUAAAUAAACUAUUUAAAUAAACAAUUAAAAUGG